AUGUACUCCCUAUCAAUCGUUCCGUCUGUGGCUGCUCCUUUCCUUCGCUUCCUUGUGCUCCUGUGCGCGCUGUUACCACUCGCCGUUUCCGCCACGAAGCCCAACGUCAUACCGGGCGGCGUGCAGAAAAUCGCCGACUUCGCGAACCGCGAGGACCUGCAGGCGUUGGCGGCGUUCGCCGUGCAGCAGCACAACGAGAAGGAGGGCACAGAUCUGCACCUGGUGCGCGUGGAGGGCGCGCAGCAGCAGGUAGUAGCGGGCAUCCUCUUCCACUUCACGCUGCUCGCCACGUCGCCCUCAUCCCGCCGCACAGCACAGUACAAGGCGACCGUGUGGGAGCGCGCGUGGCAGAAGUUCAAGGCGCUGCAGGCCUUCGCGCCCGUGCCUGGCACUGACCGCGCUGCUACUCCUGCUGAGCUCCACGCUGCCGGUGGUAGUGCCGCUGCUGCUGCUGCUGCUGCUGCUGGUGCUGAAACUGAAACGGCUGCUGGGACUGCGGCUGGUGGGAUGGCUGGUGGUGCUGAUAGCGGUGGUGGUGGUGGUGGUGGUGAGGUGGGGUGUGGCAAGGCGGCGAGGGACGGUGGUGAGGACGCAGGGGUGGCGGCAGCGGCGGGCGAGGCACAGGGCACAUGCAGCAACAGAGAUGGGGCAGUGCAUUCAUCACCCGUGGUGCUCGAGGCAGCAGAGCGUGCGGUGGCAGCGCUGCAGCAGCGUUCCAACUCGCUCUACCCAUACCGCCUCAAGGAGGUCGUUGCAGCGCUUGCCACGCCGGCAGCAUCGUCAUCAUCAGAGCAGGGCACGACCAUGUUCCACCUGACGCUGCGCCUGCAGCGCGAGUGGUCCCUGCGCAAGGCUGUUGCGCUGCAGUGA